GGAUGCAGACCACACUCCAAAGCUGCACUCUUUCGUCUCCUUUGAAACCACCAUAAAAGUUAGUAGCAUUAAAGUGCAUCCGUCCAAAUGUAAAUAGAACCAUCUUUUUCGUGCAGGAGAAGCUUUUUAGCUUCCUUUAAUGGCGGUUUUGUGUUGGGUCCAUGGGAAACCCUUUCUUAGUUCGCAAGUCCUCCCUCUCCUUCUUUUCAAUGUCAAAGGUGAGCUCUUCUCCGAGAUAAGAGCUUCUCACGUUGCCCAACUUUGACCGCCUCUUAAACCCCAAUCCCCAUGCAAUAAAGACCUCAUCUUUAGGGUUUUGAUGUGAUAAAAUCUUCAUCUUUUUGUGACUCCUUUGCUGGGCCUGGACAUUUCGAUCUCCACUUCUUCAUUUUCAAUUUCAUGGAUUUCUCUUCUCUGUUCUUCAUGAAAUGGGUAAUCUUUGCUAGCUUGGCACUUCUCUCCUCCAUUCUUUAUGGGGUUUCGGUGUCUCCCUGCCACUCCGGCGACCUUGUAGCUCUCCGGAACUUCGCCGGAACGCUAACCAACGGCUCUAUUCUUUUCUCCUGGCCCGGGGACGAAGCCUGCUGCUUCUGGGAUGGUGUGUUUUGCUCUCAGGAUUCAUUUGCGCCCUCCAAUUUCAGCAGAGUGAUCCUUCUUCUUCUCCCUAAUUGCGGUCUCAAGGGUUCCAUAUCUCCUUCCCUCUCCAAUCUUGAUGAGCUCCAUUCUCUCGACCUAUCAGGCAAUCUCCUCUCAGGUGGCAUCCCGCCGGAGCUCUCCCGCCUACGCAGGCUCAAGUAUCUUGACCUCAGCCACAAUGCCCUUUCGGGAUCAGUCAACGCCGUCUCCGGCAUCAACACUCUUCAAUCACUGAAUCUCUCUUCCAACUCCUUCAGUGGCUCACUUGCUGAUCUUGGCGCUGAUAUGCCCAAUCUCCUAUACGUCAACAUCAGUAACAAUUCAUUCUAUGGCCCUGUUAGUCCUAGCGUCUGCAUUGGGUCAAGUUUGAUUCAUCUUGUUGAUUUUUCAAUGAAUUCCUUCUCCGGCGCACUUGAUGGGAAGAUUUUCUCGAAUUGCAGUGCUUCACUAAAGGAAUUGAACUUGGGUUCAAAUUCUCUUACAGGUGGUCUCCCUGACUCGAUCUUUGGUCUGGUUUCAUUGCAAAUGCUCUGUCUUUCAUUCAAUAAUUUCUCUUGCGGUUUGAGUGAGAGAUUAAACAAGCUAUCGGGACUUAAGAGAUUGAUUAUUUCGGGCAAUAGAUUUUCUGGCGAACUCCCUGACGUGUUUGGCAAUCUUUCAGUGCUUGAACAACUCAUUGCGGAUUCAAAUUCGUUCUCCGGAAAGAUUCCCACAUCUAUUGGUAAUUGUUUGAAGCUUAAAGAUUUAAAUUUGAGAAACAAUUCCUUAAGUGGGAGAAUCAAUGUUGAUUUUUCUGGCAUGACUUUGCUUACUACUCUUGAUUUUGCAAGCAAUAAUCUUGAGGGAGAUCUCCCUUCCAGCCUCUCUAAUUGCCCACAGCUUCAAAUUCUUAGCUUUGCGAAAAACAGAUUAUCCGGAGAGAUUCCCAAAGAGUAUACGAAGCUCCAAUCGCUCUCCUUUAUAUCAUUAUCCAAUAACAGCUUCCAAAAUAUUUCAGGAGCAUUGGCAGUCUUCCAAAGUUGCAAGAAUCUGUCAACUCUGAUUCUCACCAAGAAUUUUCAUGGUGAAGAGAUCCCAGAAUCAUCUAAUGGUUUCAGAAAUUUGUCGAUUCUAGCUCUUGGAAACUGCGCACUUUUCGGUAAAAUACCGAUUUGGUUGAUGAACUGCAUUAAUUUGCUGGUUCUUGAUUUGUCCUGGAACUAUUUGAGUGGAACAAUUCCUUCAUGGAUUGGGCAGUUUGAUAGAUUGAUCUACUUGGACAUUUCAAACAAUUCACUGAGUGGGGAAAUCCCAAAGAGCUUGACAGAGCUGAAGAGCCUCAGGCUUAUUCAUACCUCAUCAAAUACAAGCUUGAUGAGUGAGCCAUUAUAUGUGAAGCACAACAGAAGCGUCGUCGGCUUGCAAUACAAUCAAAUAUCUGGUUUUCCACCAGCAAUUUACUUGAAUGAUAAUGAAAUAAAUGGUACAAUAUGGCCAGAAUUUGGGCAGCUCAAAGCUCUUCAUGUCUUAGAUUUGAGCAAAAAUCAUAUUACUGGCACUAUCCCUGAAACCAUUUCGAAUAUGGAGAACUUGGAAGUGUUAGAUCUCUCUUUCAAUGUUCUCAAUGGGACCAUUCCUUCUUCUCUGAAAAAGCUCACAUUUUUGUCUAAGUUUAGUGUGGCAUAUAACAAUUUGCAUGGAGAGAUACCAGCAGGUGGCCAGUUCUUCAGCUUCUCAAGCUCCAGUUUUGAGGGCAAUCCAGGACUAUGUAGAGGAUCUGAUCCUUGUAAUGUGAUCUCGACAAUGGAAGGACAAACUCGAGAACUCUCUUUCGGCAUCAAUAGCCGAAUUGGAAAGAACAGUAUUUUAGGAAUAAUUAUCAGUGUUACAAUUGGUAUUGCUGUGCUCUUGGGUUUUAUAUUGCUCAUGUGGAGUAAGGAGGUUGGCGACCAGGUAGAGGUUGAAGAUGAAGUGGAAGAAAGAUCAGGGAGAUCAUUUGACUCGAAUUCGAAGUUGGUGUUGUUCUUUCAGAGUUCAGAUAGUAAGGAUCUAACUAUUAACGAUCUUCUGAGAGCUACAAAUAACUUUGACCAGGCAAACAUAAUUGGCUGUGGAGGUUUUGGGCUAGUGUAUAAAGCUUACCUUCCUGAUGGAACAAAAGCUGCAAUCAAGAAGCUUACAGGUGAUUGUGGGCAGAUGGAACGUGAAUUUCGCGCGGAAGUUGAAGCUCUAUCAAGAGCCCAACACAAAAAUCUUGUAUCUUUGAAGGGGUACUGCAGGUAUGGCGAUGACGAUCGGCUGCUCAUAUACUCCUUCAUGGAGAAUGGAAGUCUGGACUUCUGGCUUCAUGAGAGAACGGACGGUGGCUCUCUACUCCAGUGGGAGACCAGGCUGAAGAUUGCUCAGGGAUCUGCAAGAGGAUUGGAAUACUUACAUAAAGUAUGUGAGCCUAACAUCAUUCACCGAGAUGUGAAAUCAAGCAACAUUCUACUUGAUGAAAGAUUCGAAGCUCAUUUAGCUGAUUUUGGCCUCUCGAGGCUCAUACGCCCCUAUGAUACUCAUGUAACAACAGAACUCGUCGGUACUUUGGGUUAUAUUCCUCCAGAAUAUAGCCAGACUUUGAUAGCUACUCUUAAAGGUGAUGUCUUUAGCUUUGGUGUAGUGAUCUUGGAGCUUCUGACAGGUAGAAGGCCUGUGGAUGUUUGCAAGGGAAAAGGUUGCAGGAAUUUAGUUUCAUGGGUGGUUCAGAUGAAGCUGGAGGGGAAGGAGGAGAUGAUAUUUGAUGAGGUUAUAUGGAAAAAGGAAGAUGAGGUGGAGUUGAUGAUGGUGCUUGAUGUUGCUUGCAGGUGCGUUUGUGCUGAUCCGAAGCAAAGGCCUUCAAUUGAUCAAGUUGUUUUAUUGCUUGAUGGAGUUGGAAUUAAGUGAUUCUUGAUUCAGUUUUUGUUGUAUUUUACCUUUUGUUAUAGUUGAAUGUUAUAAUUAAUGUAGCAAGGAUUCUAAGGGUGUAGAUGAGAAUUUAUGGAGUGAUAUGGCUCUUAAAGUUGAUAUAAAAAUAUAAA